AUGAUCGCCUUCCUCCGCGACGACGACGCACCACUGUCGUCCGGCUACGUUCUCGUCGUCAUCGUCUUUGCCUCGGAGCUCGCUCAGUCUUUCUCGUUCCGACACCUCGCCUUCAUCUUGUGCGAGACAGGCAUGCAAGUCAAGAGCGCGGUUGCGACUGCUGUGUACGCCAAGUCGCUCAAGCUCUCAACCCAAGCACUGCAGGAAACCUCGACCGGCCAGAUCUCCAACUUUAUCGCUGUCGACGCGCCGCGGCUCCAGAAGGCACUCUUCAACCUCCACACGAUCUGGGUCGUCCCGUACCUCCUCGUCGUUGCCUGCACGCUUCUCUACAACGAGCUCGGCGUCGCGUUCGUGGCGGGUCUUGGCGUCAUCCUCCUCGUCAUUCCGAUCACGACGCUCCUCUCCAAGAUCAUGCGGCGCCUCCAGUCGUCGCUGCUUUCCGUCAAAGACACGCGCGGCAAGCUCUGCUACGAAGUCCUCGCCGGCAUCAAGGUGCUCAAGCUCCAGGCGUGGGAGCUCAGCUUUGCGGACCGCAUCCUCUCGUACCGCGACGCCGAGCUCGGCCUCCUCCGCGUCUACAGUUCGAUCCAAGCGGCCGCGACGUCGCUCUACACGGGCGUGCCGUCGCUGGUCGCGGCCGCGUCGCUGGGCGCGUACGUGCUCUUGGGCAACGAGCUGGACGUGAGCACGGCGCUGACGUCCGUCGCGCUCUUCAACGUGCUCCGGUUCCCGCUCUUCAAGCUUCCCCAGGUGCUCCACGCCGUCGUCGAAGCGUACACCAGUGCGACGCGGCUCGAGGCGUUCUUGGCAUCGCACGAGCGAACGCCGGUGGGUCCCGGCACCUUGACGUCGCCUGGCGUCGACAUGCACGAGGCCAACUUGGAAGACCGCCUGCGUGGCGUGUCUUUGCACGUGCGCUCGCCGUCGCUGAUUGCGGUGAUCGGGCCCGUGGGCAGCGGCAAGUCGACGCUGCUGCACGGUCUCUUGGGCGACGUCGACUGCACGCAUGGCCACGUGCACCGGUUUGGCUCCGUUGCGUACGUGAGCCAGCAGCCGUUCAUCCAGAACGCCAGCGUCCGCGCCAACAUUACCUUUGGCCUGCCGUUCGAGGCUGCAAAGUACGCGGACGCAGUGCGCGUGAGCUGCUUGGAGCCCGACUUGCGCGUCUUGCCGCACGGCGACAGCACGGAGAUUGGCGAGAAGGGCAUCACGCUCAGCGGCGGCCAGCGCACGCGCGUGGCACUGGCGCGGGCCAUGUACAGCGACGCCGACAUCUAUUUGCUCGACGACAUUCUCGCGGCCGUCGACAGCCACGUGGGCGCCGACAUUUUCCAGCGCUGCGUGCGCGACCGCCUCGCGACCAAGAUCGUCGUGCUCGUGACCAACCAGCUCAGCGUCCUCGCGCAUUGCGACCGCGUUCUCGUGCUCGAGGCGGGCGCGGUCGUGGAAGCCGGGUCGUUCCCAGACCUCGCCCUGCAAUCGAAUAGCCGCCUCGCGGCCAUGGUCGCGACGUUCCAGCUCGGCACUGGCACUGUGGACACGCCAGCCUCGACCGACGACGACGACGACAAUGACGACGACGACGACAGUCGCCGUCCCGACGCAUCGACGUCGCCAGAGGCUGCAACCAACAUGCCAACACUAUGCACAACAACAACCAUGACAACAACAACGUCGUCGCUCAUCACGACCGAAGACCGCGCCGUGGGCCACGUGCACCGCGACAUUUACCGUGUCUGGCUGCGCGCGUGCGGCGGCGUCGGGCUCGGCGCCCUCGUCGUUGGCCUCUUUGUCCUCGCCCAAGCGCUGACGCUCGCGUCGACGCUCUGGCUCGCGGUCUGGUCCGAGCACAUGGCCGCCGGCGACGACGAGGACGGCAGCGUCUACCUCGGCAUCUUUGUCGCUCUCAACGUCGCGUUCGUGGGCUGUCUCUUCUGCCGGUCGCUCGCGAUCUCGCUCGUCGGUCUCCGCGGGUCGCGCCGCCUCUUUGCGCAGCUCCUGCAGGCGCUCUUGCGCGCGCCCGUCUCCUUCUUUGAGACGACGCCGCUCGGCCGCAUUGUGAACCGGCUCUCGAAAGACGUCGACACGGCCGACGACGACCUGCCCGCGGCGAUGGGCAGCCUCCUCGCCACGUCGCUCGCGGUGCUCUCGACCAUCGCGACCAUCGCGUACGUCACGCCGCUCUUUGGCCUGUGCUUGGCGCCAAUCGGCGUUCUCUACUACCGCGCGCAGCAGUACUACAUUGCCACGUCCCGGGAGCUCCAGCGCCUCGAGGCGACGUCGCGGUCGCCGAUCCUCGCGCUCGUCACGGAGACCCUCGACGGUCUCUCGACGAUCACGGCCUCGAGCGUCCAAGGCGCGUUCACGCGCCGGCUGCAUACCGCGCUAGACACGAACCAGCGCGCGGCGCUGCUCAACUUUGCCGUCGCGUGCUGGCUCGGGCUGCGGCUCGAGCUCGUGGGCACACUCGUCGCGACGUUCGCAGCCUUGAGCGCAGUUGUUGCCAAGCCGUCGGCCUCGACCGAGUUUGCGGCGCUCGUCGGCGUCUCGCUCUCGUACGCGUUCCAGAUCACGCGCAACCUCAACCUCUCGGUGACCACCGUGAGCGAGCUCGAGACGGACAUGGUCUCGAUCGAGCGCCUCGUCGCGUACGCGCAGCUGCCGCCCGAAGCCGACUUGGCGUCAACUCUGGCGCUUCCCACGUCGUGGCCGCACGCUGGCGCCGUCACUUUUACCAACGUGCAACUGCGCUACCGUCCGGGCCUCCCACUCGUGCUAAACGGCGUCUCGUUUUCGAUUCGGGCGCGGGAAAAGGUCGGCGUCGUCGGACGCACGGGCGCCGGCAAGUCGAGCCUCGUCGUCGCGCUGCUCCGGCUCGUCGAAGUCGAAGGCGGUCACAUAGCCAUCGACGGUGUCGACCUGCGCACGCUCGGACUCCACGACGUCCGCGACCGCAUCGCGAUCAUUCCACAAGACCCGAUCCUCUUCUCUGGCUCCGUGCGCUCCAACUUGGACCCGUUCGACCGGUUCGACGACGACGCGCUCUGGACGUCGCUCAAGCGCGCGCACCUCGACACCAAGGUGACGAGUCUCGACGCGAUCGUCGACGAGCGCGGCGUCAACUUUAGCGUCGGCGAACGCCAACUGCUGUGCAUUGCGCGCGCGCUGCUCCAGAAAGCCACCGUGUUGCUCAUGGACGAAGCCACCGCGUCCAUCGAUGCGGCCACGGACGCGGCGCUGCAAGAGACGCUCCGCGCCGCGUUCCACCACUGCACGUGCAUCACGAUCGCCCACCGCAUCAACACGAUCCUCGACGCCGACCGGAUCCUCGUCCUCGACAACGGACGCGUCGCCGAGUUGGACACGCCCGCCAAUCUGCUCGCGACGCCAUCCAGCCUUUUCAGUCGCCUCGUGACGCAUUGGCGUCACGGCCACGUCGACGCUUCGUAG